GUGAAACUACAGACACACUCUUAGAGGGACAGUAAACAAAGUGAAACUACAGACACUCUCUUAAAGGGACAGUACACAGAUUGAAACUACAGGUGCGCUCUUAAAGGGACAGUACACAAAGUGAAACUACAAGCGCGCUCUUAAAGGGACAGGUCACGGAGGGGAAAAAAGGCACGCUCUUUAAAGGGACAGGUCACGAAGGGAAACUACAGGCACACUCUUAAAGAGACAGUACAGUGAAACUACAUACAUGUUUUGCUCUUUUUUUGUUUCAGAAAAGAUGUCUUCACAGAUCAGACUGAGGCUGCUGCCGAGGGCCAGGUGCCUGUUCGACGAGCCUGUUCAGGUGAAGGUGGACGGGCUGAGGUCGAGCCAGAUGGUCACCGUGAGGGCCAGGGCGACCGACGAGAGGGGCGUGGCCUUCAGCUCCUCGGCCACCUACAGGGCAGAUGGGGGCGGGGUGGUCGACCUGGAGAGGGACCCGUCCCUGGGAGGGACCUACACCGGGAUCGAACCCACAGGCUUGCUGUGGUCCAUGAAGCCGGCCACCCCGCACAAGAGGUUCCAGAGGACCAAUGCAAUGAACCCCCACGUGGUGAAGUUCUCCGUGGAGGAGCAAGAGGAAGGGGGCAGGGUGCUGGCCGAGGCCACCAAUGAGAGGCUUCUGAUUGGAGACGGGGUCAGCCGGAAAACCAUCAAAGACGGGAAUAUCCGUGGGGUCCUGUUCACUCCACCAGGUGAAGGUCCGUUCCCCGCCGUGUUGGACCUGUACACCUUCGGCGGCGGUCUGUCGGAGAGGAGGGCCUCGCUGCUGGCCUCCCGGGGCUUCCUGGUCCUGACGGUGGCGCUGUACGGCCACGAAGACAUGCCGAAGGCCAUUCAGGUGGUCCACCUGGACUACUUCGAGGAGGCUAUUCGGUUGUUAAAAAAGCAAAAUGGGGUGGGCAGUAACGACAUCGGUGUGAUCUCGAUGUCCAAGAGUGCCGACCUGGCUCUGUCCAUCGCCUCCUUCUUGUCCGGCGUGGCGGCCACCGUGUGGAUCAACGGCUGCUGCUCCAAUGUCAUGCUGCCGCUCCACUUCCGCGGGAAGCAACUCCUCCCGGGACUGAGGCUCGACGUGGACAAGCUGAUCCCCCCCAAGGACGAGUCGGGCGCCGCCGACGGCAGGAAAGUGCUGCGCGACCCGCUGGCGGAGGAGAACCAGGCCGCCCUGGUGCCCGUGGAGCGCGCCGAGUGCGUCUUCCUCUUCGCAGCGGCGGCGACCGACCACAACUGGGACAGCGGCGAACAUGGAGGCGGCGGCGGGGCGGCGCCCACGGAAGGAGAACUUUGA